AUGGACUCGAAACUGGAAAAAGUCGACGACUUGGAGAAUGAGAUCGGCCUGGUCCCCUCCAAGUCCGUCGGCGAGGUCGACAACCUCACCCGGGUCGAGACCAAGCGUGGCCUCAAGUCUCGUCACAGCCAGAUGAUUGCCCUCGGCGGCACCAUUGGCACCGGCUUCUUCCUCGGCUCCGGCCAGUCGCUCUCCCUGGGCGGGCCGCUCUUCCUGCUGCUGGGAUACACCCUGCUCACCCUGCUGGUGCUGGUCAUCGUCAAAUGCACCACCGAAUUCACCUCCUACCUGCCCGUCCCCGGCUCCUCCGUCCCCUACUUUGCCCUGCGCUUCGGCUCCAAGAGCAUGGGCUUCGCCCUCGGCUGGAUGUACUACUACAUCUUCGCCAUCACCGUCCCCUCCGAGAUCACCGCCGCCGGCCUCGUCAUCGAGUAUUGGAACACAAACGUCAGCAUCGCCGUCUGGAUCACCAUCAUGCUGGUCGUCAUCGUCGGCCUCAACUGCUUCCCCGUCAACGUCUACGGCGAGACCGAGUUCUGGUUCGCCUCCAUCAAGGUCUUCGGCAUCCUCGGCCUGUUCGUCAUGGCCCUCGUCAUCACCUGCGGCGGCGCCCCGGACCACAAGGCCAUCGGCUUCGCCUACUGGCACAACCCGGGCCCCGUCAACGAAUACAUCCUCACCGGCGCCCGCGGCCGCCUCGUCGCCUUCAUCGCCACCCUGCGCUACUCCGUCUUCGUCUUCGCCUUCGCCCCGGAGCUGCUCGUCAUCACCGCCGGAGAGAUGCAGAACCCGCGCCGCAACCUGCCCACCGCCGGCCGCCGCUUCUUCAUCCGUCUCGUCGUCUUCUACAUCCUCGGCGCCUUCCUCAUGGGCCUCAUCGUCGCCAGCAACGACAGCCGCCUGCUCGGCGGCAGCAGCGACGCCACCGCCUCCCCCUGGGCCAUCGCCGCCAAAAACGCCGGCAUCAAGGGCCUCGACUCCGUCAUCAACGUCGUCAUCCUCCUCUCCGCCUGGUCCGCCGGCAACUCCUGGCUCUACCUCGCCGUCCGCACCCUCUACUCCAUGGCCCACAUGGGCAUCGCCCCCAAGAUCUUCCAGCGCUGCACCGCCUCCGGCAUCCCCUACUACUCCCUCGCCUUCACCUCCCUCUUCUCCCUCCUCGCCUACAUGAACGUCAGCUCCUCCACCGCCACCGUCUUCAACUGGUUCGUCAACCUCAUCAACUCCGGCGGCUACCUCAGCUGGGUCUGCGUCUGCGUCAUCUACAUCCGUUUCCGCAAGGCCUCCCUCGCCCAGGAGAUCACCGACCUGCUCCCCUUCCGCGCCCGCUUCCAACCCUACAUCACCUGGGUCGCCGGCAUCAUCCUCUUCCUCCUCCUCCUCCUCAACGGCUUCACCGUCUUCUUCCCCGGUCACUGGAGCUUCUCCACCUUCAUCACCUCCUACAUCGGUAUCCCCCUCUUCCUCGCCUUCUACUUUGGCCACAAGAUCUUCUUCGCCUGGAACGAGCCCUGGUGGAUCCCCCCGCACGAAGUCGAUCUCCAGACCGGCCUGCAGGCCAUCAUCGACGAGGAGAUUCCCCCUUCCUCCGGUGGCAAGUGGGCCGACAGGUUCAGAUCCCUUUUCGAGUGA